CAUUCACAAUACAUUAUAUAAAGGACAAGCACAAACACAAAAAGUCCCAAAUUUUUAUAUCUCAAAGAUAACCAUUUAAUAUCUCCCCUAAUUAGUUAGCUUCAAGACUCAAAUAAAAAUGGUGGAGAGAGAACAAGUCAGACCAUUAGCUCCAGCAUCAGAGCGGCCUAGCAGCGACGACGACGAAACAGCGUUAAACAAGAGAAGAUUUCAUAAAAGAAGAUGCAUCAAAUGUUGUGGUUUUGUAUCUAUCCUUCUUCUCAUUCUAGCCAUAAUAAUCAUCAUUUUGAUCUUCACAGUGUUCAAAAUAAAAGACCCUAUUAUUAGAAUGAACGGUGUCACAGUGGAUAAAUUAGACCUCGUUAACACUGGCACCAUACCCAUGCCCAAACCAGGUUCCAACAUGACAAUAAAAGCUGACGUAUCAGUAAGAAAUCCUAAUUAUGCAUCAUUUAGGUAUAGUAACACAAGCACCACAAUUUCCUACCGUGACACGGUGGUCGGGGAGGCGCGGGGCCCGCCGGGGAAGUCGAAGGCACGUCGGACUAUGAGGAUGAACAUAACGAUUGAUAUUAUUACGGACAAGAUUGUGUCACACCCUAGCUUACUAGCUGAUAUAAGCACUGGUUUGCUUACUAUGAAUAGCUUCACAAGUGUUGGUGGGAAGGUCAAUUUGCUGAGGAUGAUUAAGAAACAUGUGGUUGUAAAGAUGAAUUGCAGUAUCACUGUGAAUAUUACUAGCCAGAGAAUUCAAGAUCAGAGGUGCAAGAAAAAGGUUAAGCUUUAAUUAAGAUAUAUAUAUAUUAUAUGGUGUCAUGAUAUUUUUGCUACUAGAUAUUCCUUUUGUUUCAAUUCUCCAUUCCACACCCAUCUAACUUCCUUUUGAGUUUUGUAUACUCUUGCUGUUCAUUAUGAGGAGUUUCUGGGGAUGGCUUAGAUGUUACUAUAGUGCAUAUUUCGAAAUUCUGUGUGCUCUAUACUUGUAUAUUAUCUUAUUCCUCUGCCUUGAUUUAUUAAUUGUUUUUGCAAUUCUGUAUGAUCACAAAUACUUUACUUUUC